GUCACAUUUGUCAUCCUAAAUUUUGUCUCCAUUGACGUAGUCGUGGUCGCGAAUGAUAGAUUCCUUUGUGCUUCGGCAUGUGAAGCCCGAAUGUAGCAGGGCUAAAUAUUGUUGAGUACCCCAUCAGGAGAGCACAUCAUGUCAACAAAGAUGCUAGCUAAGAACACCAUUUCGUGCUGUCGCAGCCACUUGCCCAUCUUCCAGUUUUACCAUGUCGCCCCAACACGGCAAUAAAUUAAUCAGAUGGCUUAAGCGUUUUGCUAGUCGAAGAGCGGCAGCACCAUCAGGCGGUCGAAGACCUACCGCAGGCUCUGAUGACAAACAUGGUAGGACAAUUCCUUCGGACAAUGACCCAGAUCCUGGCUGAGGCCAACAUGGCUGUACAGAAGAUGCGACGUCUCACAUCGCGAGAGGCAGCUUAGGCCAGUUGUAUGCCAAUGAUGACGAGGGAACUGCUCGGCAGGGGGGUUGCAUGAGCAGCGAAAUUGCUCCAUCAACGGAUCAAAGCCACUGCAAAGAUACGCCUCGAUGGCAGGGGAUGCCUGAAAAUACAGCAACCCCCAAGGGCACGACCAAUGGCCCGGGCAACGAACAAGAACAAAACUAUAAUACUCCUCGAUACGAGGAAAACAUAAAAACAGAGGAAAUAUAUAGAAGCGACGAUGAGCGGCCGGCUAAGCAGUUCCAAGGGCUACCUGCUGGGAGAAACCAGGCGCUACACGACGCACAGCCCAGUCACAGAGAGGACACGGCCAGCGCCAGUGGUUCUCCGACGCGUAAGAAUAAAGCCGUCGAAGGAGUCACCGAUUCAACCAAGGGCGAAUACUGCGACGUCACGACACACGUGAGACCCGCUGUUGUCGAAGAGCACAUACGGCCGCAUGUGCACACGAUUUACGAGCCUACACGUACUCGCUCGAUUCACAUUCACGAGCAUAAAUACCUUAUUCAACCCAUCAAAGACCCGCAGCCGACAACCAUUCAAGAACAACAUUGGUUGUGGGAUCCAAAUGGGGGUCAGAUGCAGAGAAUAUCACUGGACGUUGGACAGCGCCUGAUGGGCAACAUCUAAUGACUUAAUUCAACGAGACUUCAAUUAUCAAUAUCAAUAUAGUUGUCUACUUUUACUGCACCACUAGGAAACAGUUCAUCAUUGAGCUAGAUGUAUCUCGCACCUGAUGCGUGCUCGUUCGAGG